UGGCGGUAGAGUUUACGACCAUCCACGUGCGCGUAGUUUGCGCACAUUCGUGUUGCGACUCCCGAUGGAAUUCGCGUUUGACGACGAUGUAUUCGACUCCCCGAGGAUCAGGUCCAGCGAGCCUGGAACUUCGUACGACGCUAAGAUAUGCGAAAGCAAGUGGUUUCUCACCGCCACCUCUGACAACACCGAGGAGAUGAUGAUGCUGGAAAAGUACAAGGGAGACUAUCACUACGCGAGAAAUGAAUUCGACUCUGCGUUGGCGGUCUACGAACGCUGCUUCGACCUGGCCCCGCAUUCCGCUAUCUCUGUGAUGCGGGACUGCGCCGAAGGAAUGGCAAGGUGCUGCUCGAACCUCGGCCUGUACGACAGAGCCUCAAAGUACGCCGAAACGUUGGAGAAGCUAUCGACAAACAGCGAUCACAGGGUCGCCCUGUGGAUGCUGCAGUCUGAGAUAUACAACCGGGCGAAAAACACCGCAGAGGAGAGUGCAGCCCUCUGCAGAUGCAUAUUGGUGCGACCGUGGACGUCCGAUCUUUGGUACAGGCUCUCGCUGUGCUACUUAAGCCAGCUUGAAACUCAAGGCGACAUUUGUGACCUAACCCUCAAGACGGGAGCUUGCCUACUGAAGACAAGAAUGCUGUACCAGGGGGCACUGUCAGGGAAUCAAUCUUUUGCAAAAGCACGCAACCUCAAGAUGAUUUCCAAGGUUGAAGAUUUGAUUGCAGGCCUGAAACUUGCAGAAGACUUCACAUCGCAGGCCCUGAAUGAAUUUGAGAAGGACACAGACACUGCAAAUGGGGCUGAAGUUGACGAGGAAGAGGAGUCGCUCAGGUUAUUGGGCCUGAAAGCUACAGAUGUGAUGUCCACGUUUGAGAAGCAUUGGUUUUUCUGGAUUCCGCGGCACAAGCACGACAGCAAAAGUCUAAGCGAGCAGUAAGUCCAGGCAGAGCAAAUCGUCAUCUGUACAUUAAUAUCUACCGUUACAUCUGUACAAAAUAAAGCUGCACACAAUUCACGCCUCGCA